UACUUCACAUACUCGCGGGAAUCAUAAUGCUGAUGGGUGGUUGGGAGCAUUUUGAAGCUCUUUGAACACACAAGAACGGUUGAAUUCCAGUGACUUACCUACACAAACCAAAGCAAGUCCAGGCAAUGGCUGCAUAGUUUUUGUGGAGUCGUUACCCACUGAAGGACAAAUAUCUCCCUGAGAAAGAAUAAUCUUUGGUCUUGCAGUAUCAAGGCACUGACAAUCUUUGUUGCCAGAGAAAUCACGGGCAUUUUGUGAGGGAGAGUGGCAGGACGCACUGCAAGCAGAUCUUUGAUGCUGCAGAUCAAAGAUGGACCUUGGUGAAAACUGGAAGCUGGAUGAAACCAACUGGUUGUCUCAUGGUGGGAUCCAUCCCUUUGCCAGUGUGAAAGCAGACAAUGAGCUCUCCGAAGGUGCACCAGCCCUGUUCGGUCUGGAUCAGCUGGGCUCCCCAUCUGUUUGUUACAAGCCUACCAGCCCAGCCCAGAUACUGGAAGACACUGGCUUUCUUUACCCGGAUCACCAGUUGUUUGCUGGCAGGCAUGAAGUUUCUCCGUUAACAGCUGAAGCAAUCAGUGGUGCUAAAGAGCAAGCUGCCGAGGAACCGCUCUGCACCUUGCACCCUCCCAAUUUCCUCCGGCUCUCAGAGGUGGAGAUGCGAGGGUCGGAGGAGGCGGCCGCGGGCACGGUACUGCAGCGCCUGAUCCAGGAGCAGCUGAGGUAUGGCAACCCCAACGAGAACAUGAACCUGCUGGCAAUUCAGCACCAGGCCACGGGGAGCGCAGGGCCCUCCAACAGCACUACCAGCACUCUCUCUUCCACAGAAAACCUCGCACAAGAAGAGCCACAAAUGCUCCAGCAGUCGGCCCGCCAGGAACCUCAGGGGCAGGAGCACCAGGGGGACAAUACGGUGAUGGAGAAGCAGGCGCGGGCCGUGCAGCCCCAGCAGAACAACGAAGAGCUGCCCACUUACGAGGAGGCCAAGGCCCAGUCGCAGUUCUUCCGAGGCCAGCAGCCUGGAGCGGUUGGCCCGGGCUUUUACGUCGCUGGCGUGUCCAGUCAGAAGUCCAGGACUGAAGGGAGAGCGACGGUGAACCGGGCCAACAGCGGGCAAGCGCAUAAGGACGAAGCGCUGAAGGAGCUCAAGCAGGGUCACGUCCGCUCGCUAAGCGAGAGGAUAAUGCAGCUCUCGCUGGAGAGAAACGGUGCUAAGCAACACCCGCCUACCUCAGGGAGCAGCAAAGGGUUCAAAGCGGCAGCACCGCCGCCGGCCCCGGCGCCUGCAAAGGGCAUGGACCCACGGGGCCCGCCGCCCGAGUACCCCUACAAAGCCAAGCAGGCGGUGGCCCCUGUCAGCAAGGCGCCCGAGCACGGGCUCUUCUUCGGCGACCAGCACGCGGCGAUGGUGCAGGAUGUUCUCAAACCCUCCUACGCGGCUCCCCAGCCGGCCCGGACCGAAGUCGCCGUCGUUAGAUACCAGCCGCCUCCCGAGUACGGGGUCACCAGCCGACAAUGCCAACCACCUUUCCCAUCGGCGCCGGCACAGCAGCACAGCCCCAUGUCCUCUCAGGCCUCCUCCACCGCUGGCCCCCUGCUCUCGGGCGCGUUGCCCCCGCUUCCAGCGCCCGUCGCUGCCCAGCCCUCACCAGGCACACCGCCGGGCCAGCAGCUGACGCCGGACGCCUUCGCCAUCGUGGAGCGAGCACAGCAGAUGGUGGAGAUGCUCUCCGAGGAGAACCACGUGCUGCGGCAGGAGCUGGAGGGCUACUACGAGAAGGCGGAUAAAUUGCAGAAGUUCGAAAUAGAGAUUCAGAGGAUUUCGGAAGCUUACGAGGGCCUGGUGAAGACCACCAAUAAGAGGGAGUCUCUGGACAAAGCUAUGAGAAAUAAACUCGAAGGAGAAAUUCGGAGGCUCCACGAUUUCAACAGGGAUCUCCGCGAACGACUGGAGACUGCCAAUAGGCAGCUAGCCAGCAGAGAGUUUGAUGGGCAUGAAGAUAAGUCAACAGAGGGCCUUUAUGUCACUCAGAACAAAGAGCACUUGAAGGAGAAGGAGAAGUUGGAGAUGGAGUUGGCAGCCAUGCGCUCUGCCAACGAGGAUCAGCGGAGGCACAUCGAAAUCCUGGACCAGGCUCUAAACAACGCUCAAGCCAAGGUCAUCAAACUGGAAGAGGAGCUCCGCAAGAAGCAGGCCUAUGUGGAGAAGGUGGAGAAGCUGCAGCAGGCCCUGACGCAGCUGCAGGCGGCCUGCGAGAAGAGGGAGCAGAUGGAGCGCCGGCUGCGCACACGGCUCGAGCGGGAGCUGGAUUCGCUGAGGAUGCAGCAGAGGCAGGGCAGCUACCAGCCAGCCAGCCUCCCGGAGCACAAUGCGCCGGCCCUGAUGGAGCUAGUGCGGGAAAAGGAGGAAAGGAUUCUGGCGCUGGAAGCGGACAUGACCAAGUGGGAGCAGAAGUAUCUGGAGGAGAGUACGAUCAGGCACUUUGCCAUGAAUGCUGCAGCCACAGCUGCAACUGAGAGGGACACCUCGGCCCCGACGCACUCACGGAGCGGCAGCUACAGCGAGGGCGCGCUGGAGGCACGCGUCUGGCAGGAGGAGGAGGAGGUCGUGCAAGCUCACCGCCGCUGCCAGGACAUGGAGUACACAAUAAAGAAUCUCCACGCAAAAAUAAUUGAGAAAGAUGCCAUGAUCAAGGUCCUUCAGCAGCGGUCCAGGAAGGAUCCUGGGAAAAGCGACAGUGCGAGCUUGCGGCCAGCUCGGUCCGUCCCGUCCAUCGCGGCUGCCACGGGCGCCCAUUCGCGCCAGACCUCGCUCACCAGCAACCAGAUAGCAGAGGAAAAGAAGGAAGAGAAGAUCUGGAAGGGAAGCAUAGGGCUGCUGCUGGGGAAGGAGCCCCUCGAGCCGCCGGCGGGCCCCGCGCCGGCCCCUCCGCCGCCCUCCCUGUCGUGCGCCCCGGCCCCCGGCCCGGCGCCGGCCUCCCACGCCAAGACGGGCAGCAGAGACAGCAGCACGCAGACCGACAAAAGCGCCGAGCUCUUCUGGCCUGCCGCCGCCUCCUUCCCCGGCCGAGGCCGUCCAGGCGCCACCGCCGUGCACAGCCCAGCCCCGCGGCCCCCCGCGGCCCGGGCCGCCGGCGAGAAAGAUAACUGCAGUCAUGGGAAGCCACCUGACAACAAGGGCAGAGUGAGCAGUUUGCUCCACAAGCCUGAGUUCCCUGAUGCAGACAUGAUGGAAGUUCUCAUCUGAGCAAAGGAUGGCAUCUCUGGGGGUUUGUGUGCAUACAUUCAGGUCCAAGGAGGUCAUUGGUGUGCCAACCUUAAAAACUAACUGGGAGAGUUUGAAGAAAGGUGGAGAAAGUUUGUGCCUGAAAAGAAGUUUGAGUCUGGUGUGCUGUGACUUUGGACCAGGCGAGAAGGAAAGACAGCUGAAAAUGGAAGAUGAAAUGAAUGUCUGGGAUUUUCUGAGAAGAAAGGGGCGUUGAAAAUAGAAUGUGGCUUGGAAAGGUGAUUGUCAAGGAAAAAAGGAAACUGCAUUUUCUGGUGUAAAGAGAAGGUAGCUAAGUUUUAGAGUGGGUGCACAGUGUGGUUCUGUUUUGCUGUCUAGCUACAACCAAGACAGGGAGAGAAAUCCUGGCUCUUGUGAGGCCAGUGGAAGUUUAUUAAUAACCCAGGAGAAAUUUACAUCUUCCUUAGAAUUGAUUCAUUUCUCAGAAGUAUUCACUGCUUGAUUUUAGUGAAUAAUUGGUCUUUAGAUGUACACAGCAGGUUCUUGUGAGUAUUUGUUUGAAGUGGCAUGGUGUGGUUUUCCUGGGAUGCGCAGGUCGGGUGUCUCUUUCCUGGCUGGACAAGUGUUACUCCUGGAGCUGGAUUUGCAGUGCAAAUAUUCCUGUUGUGCAAACUCAGAGAUUGCUAAGACUUCUCUUUCAGUAAGAGCAGUUGUUUGCUGGAAUUCCCAUGGAAGAGGAAUGUAAAAGGGGGUGGGAACCUGCUGAAGCAAUCCCUUUUGUACUGUUGGGAAGGUUUCAGGAGGGGAAGUCAGGGGAGGAUCCAGUCAGCUCCACUGAACGGGUGUGCAUGCAGAGUUAGUCAAGUGGGAAGCAGCACAGGUGGAACUAGAGCUUUUUAAUUAUACGGAUGUGCUAGUGCAGGGCAGGGGGGCUUAGCAGUGUCAAGAAGCACGGUGGCCCCAGUGUCCUGCAGCGCCUUCACGGGAGCACAGGUCCCUGUAGGAGAGCGUCAGUGCAUUCUGCAGCUCUCCCCAAACAUCUUCUGUUCUCAGUCACGAGUUCAGAUGCUAUCAGCCGGGGCAUGCAGGUUUCAACAAGUGUGAAUCUAAGCAUGUAAUUGUGGACAGAAUUUAGCCCGAGGUAACUGAAACGGGGGGGCGGGGGGGGAGGCAAUUACAGUAGAGAGAUGGGAGGAGAGCAGAAAUCACUGAUGGCUUUGAAAUUAUUUCAGUAGAAUUAAACUUGGCUUACAUGUGAGAUCAGAAGAUGCCUUACUGUGUAAUAGUUCAUAACAAUGAAAGAAUCAGGGUGUUUGUGGUAAGAAUUUGGAAUUUUCAUUAUUUUUGGAACCUGCAGCCAAAUCCUACCUUCCUUGAGCAUAUAGACCCCCCCCCCCCAUUCAGAUUAAUGUGGGACUGGGUAUUUAAGGGGUGUAGGAUCAGGCUGUGAAGGGUUUAACUGCAUAGCAGUGCAUGAGCGUCAUCUAUUUUCUGUGCUGAGCUACAGUCUCUUUUCACUUUGUUUUCACCCAGGAUAGAACAUUUCUCAUUUUCAGCCUAGUCACUGAUUUCUGUGAGAGGUGGCAAUAACGAAGACAGCCAACUCACCAGCAGUGUUAAUUGUAGCAUACCAUUUGCUUUGUGUAUUGCAAAUGCUGAUGGGGAAAUUCUCCUCUUUGAGAUAUUUUUAUAUUGUUUUUUCUCUUCCCAAAUCUUCUAGUUCAUUGUAUUGACAUUAGGAAGAACUUGGCUUUGGAAAAAAGGUGACAGGAUUUUAUGUGAAGCUGCCUAGAAUGGGAAAGUGAUGGAUGCUCUCAUCAGAAGUAGUCAUGUGCUCAGGACUGGCCUAAGGUCAUGUCUUCCUGUAGGUAUCGAAAUGGAGCUCUUGAUUGUGAAAACAGCAGGCACUUUAAACUCCGCUUUCACAGAAAACUAAAGUCUUUGCAGUCUCAAAGCCUGCAGGUGCCAGAACCCAGCCCCGUGCUCAAAACUGCAUGGCUAAGAGAUACCUUGCUUCUUUUUUUCUUUUUUAAACGAAUUACUGCGUUAAAUCUAUGCACUUAUUUUUUGUGUGUACAUAGAAUUAGGCAUAUGUUGGUGUCACCCUCUUUGUGAUUUUUGCACUUGUUGAAAGAAGCAGUGGUAGGUUGGUUGUUAGUCAACAGAGAAUUGUGUGUUUUGAGUAUUAGCAGCUUUGCAUUGCAAAACCAAAUGUGUAAACCUGUUGAAGAUGUUAUGCAGCUUAAUAUAUGCCUUGUAAAAUAAUUUUAUUUUUUCUCUAAAGUUAAUUUAAAAGUUUUAAGUGUUUGCAUAAAACCCAGGGCCUCCAUGUGGCAGAGGUUGGCUUCAGCCUUUAGUAUCCUCCUGACCUUGCAGCACUGACCCACCUCAGUUACCCUUCCUCAAAGUGAACAAGCACUGUAGGAUCAUCAUCUUUACUGGGAGCAGGGCAGGAGGAAGACAAAGCAAGGGAAUGUAAGUAAAAUGAGAAUGAUAAGUAUUUCACUUCAUUGGUCUUCUCCAAGAAAUAAGGAUACACAGCUGCUUGGAAGUCCCUAAGCAUUUUAUUGCUGGCUGUAUUAUUUCCUUUGAUGAAACUAUUUAAUAACUUCUGUACAGACAGACAGCGAGGCGUCCCACAGAAAUAGCAUUUGAUUAGUGUGCAUGAUGUUGCUUUCAGUUAGUUCGCUGUCUUAGUGGUACAGCUUUGCUUCUUGAAGUCAGCUAGAAUGCAACGCUCCUCAUCUUUCUCAUGUGAACAACAGUCCCUUCAGUUUCCGGUAUCCAAAGGUGUGUUUACAAUUGAUGCUGCCCCAGAUUUGUGUCCACAUAUGGGAAACUGUUUAUUACGGAAUUACAGUGUAGGCAAAUCUCAUUUGCUUUCGAGUUCGCAGCUGAAAUAAACAUAAAGGUUCACUCUCCUUAUUUGUGUUGAGCUCAAAAUAUUUUUUCUGCCAAGAGAGAAGGACCAGUGAUCUUCCCUCCCGAAUCAAAGCACUAGCAGAAUUUGCAUGGACUACUACUGCCAUAAAUCAGUUCACCUCUCUCAGCAAAGCAGUGCACUAUUCUUUCCAGCUGUUUGAAUUUUACUGUGUUUUGUGAAAAUGUGUUGUAGCCAUUCCAGGUGACAUUGGUAACUAGUUGUAAAAUACUGUCAUUUUUUAUUGUUGCUGGUUGUAUAGAAAGGUUGGUGUACAGUGUUGUACAGCUGGACGGUUAUUUGUACAUAGGUAAGAAAAUGAAGAAUGUUGUGUGUUACCCACAGCAAAUAUUGAUUUUGUUGGUCAGCCAAAGAUUUCUUAUUCUUUGCUGUUUAAACUUGUGCCUUAAUAUUGUAUAUAAUAAAUGUAUAAAAAUGUUCCUUUU